AUGAACAGAAUCUCAUCUGCUCACAAAAAAUCAAUAACCUCUGCAGCUGUUCUUACCACAGCUGGCCUCCUCGCCUACUCACAGUACCUUCGCUCUUCUGUAAUUGCAAACGAGGCCCCACAACAACAACAACAACAACAAUCUACUGAAACAGAUCUGUCAAUCAAGCCAAAGAAAAAACGCUUUAGUCUUCCUGCUUCUCAAUACCCUGUAUCAUACCCUGGUCUUUACAUCUGGGGCUCUAAUGCCGGUGGCGUAGUAGCCCCAGGCUAUGAGUCUCUUGUCCAAGUCGUCAAAACACCUUACCGCAUCCCAUUCUUUGAUGGCAGACUUUUGCGCGACGUGGUCCUUAAGGAAGAUCUUGGUGUUGCUGUUCUUGAUAAUGGUGACGUUGUGCAAUGGGGCAACGACUACUUUGGUGCACCAUCCUCUCAAUCCGAGGUCCAAUCAACAACAACAACAACAACAGAUCUUGUCAAAAAAAAAUCAGUUGAGCCCACUCACCAACCUGAAGUUACACUAAAGGGUAAAAAUAUCACAAAAGUGACUGUUUCCGAACACAAGGCCGUCUAUGGUCUCAAUUCAUCGGGCUCUAAAGUCUAUGCAUGGCCUGUAAGUAAGAAGGACCUCAAGACCGGUCCCAAACCUAUUUCCGAGAGCUCAUGGCUUAAACCUUGGAAACUCAUAUGGCGCUCAAAGGAUAGCGUCUCUUAUACCACUAUCAAUAUGCCUGCACUUGGUUGGGGCGAGUACAUCACAGAUGUCCAGGCUGGUAACGACCACAUUCUUGUCCUCACAUCUAAGGGCCGCGUGUUUUCUGGUGCGUCCGGUGUGUUCCCUGAACAUCAACCAAAGGAAUCACAUGGUCAAUACGGUCUUGCGCGUUUUUCACAAUUUGAGACCCCCCCAGAACCUGGUGUUGUCCAUGAAAUCAAGUCUUUUAAAAACAAGGUUGUUGAUCAAAUCGCCUGCGGUGAUUACCACUCGAUUGCACGUACACUCACCGGUGACGUUUACGUCUUUGGUGACAAUACCCUUGGCCAACUCGGUCUACCUUACACUUAUAAGAAUGCAAUUGCUGCUGUCCCCACCCUUCUACCUAUCCAUAAACUAUACCCACGCAAGAUCCUGCCAACUGUUACCAACAUUGCAGCUGGUGGUAGCACCAGUUUUGUAACAGUUCAGCCGGUCCUCAACACAGCUGAAUUUUACCGUGAGUUCCCAGGUGAAGAGGAAGAAAAGAUGAAGGCACUUGUAGAUAAAGAUGUUCUUGAUGGUGUUGCACGCAACGUGUUUGCGUUUGGUAAGGGACUUAAGGGCCAGCUCGGCAACGGUAACUUUGUACACGCUCAAAGUUCGCCUGCGUCUGUCAAGUACUUUGCCCAAUUGAAGGAAUACUCUGAGGACCUAGGAAAGAGAGUUCCUAUCGAUAUUACCAAGUGGUCGAUUGGUCCCUCUCACGUUGCUGUUGCUCUCGGAGGAGUCAGCAGUAGCAGUAGCAGUAGCACCAAAAAGGAUGGCACCCCUGAUCUCCCUGGUCAAGACGUGUUGAUCUGGGGUGGCAAUGAUUUUUGGCAAGUUGGCACUGGCAAACGUAAUAGUCUGCCGACUCCACAACGCAUUCCUUCACUCGAAAGUUCCAUUGCAAAUGCAAGUUUGCCUAAGAAAAAACAACCAGAGAUUGAAAACGGUGUAGAGGAGAGCACCGAGGAAGGUGUUCGUGCGGCUGUGGAAUACAUUGAUAAUGUGGAUUCAUACAAUAACCGAUUACAACUGGCUCACCACAAGCCUCUCACGUUUAAGGAUCCAAGUGGACACAAGUAUAAAACGACGGUGUCUCAGGAUAUUGUUGUUGGCGGAUAUGCGACCGCAAUUUAUACCAAGAGACCAUGA